AUGAAAUUUCUCAUCCUCUGUGCUCUCGUCGCCGUUGCAUCGGCAUCCUACUACCCCGAUCAUCAUUACGAUCAUUACCACGGCCAUGGCUAUGGCCACGACCAGGGCCACUUCUCCGGCAAGGCC